AAGAAGUUGACCAGCUAUGCUAAAGCUAAAGCUAACGCUAACACGUAUGUUCAAACAGGCGAGUACCAAGUGUUAGCAAAAAGUCAACAUGGCGACUCCGGUGUCUGUGAUCCGUCUACCCAAAGGACCUGACCCCAACAGCCGAGGAUUUGACCCCAAGUCACCUCGCUUCCUCGCUCUCUGCCGCACAUCCAUUUCCACUUCGACUGCGUCGGAGUCGGACGCCGAGGAGCUGCAGAAAGAGCAGCACGCCCGAUCUGUGCUGAGGGAACGUUUCCUACGCUGUCUGCUCGCCAUGAAUAACAAGAAGGUUCGGUUCCACAUGCACGAGAAGGUGGAAGUUCAGGCCACGUUUGGGGCGUCGGACAUCGACGUGCUGAACUUCCAGGUGUCUGAUCUGCACACUCCCAUCGGGGUACAGAAAGAGGCGCUGAUCAGGUGUCAGGAUGUGAUUUCGUUCUCUUUUGAUAUGUGAACACUUUAGACUCACUUUAGGAUCAGAAGCACUUUUUUUGUUUGUUUUUUUAUUUCGAUGCGUUCUUGUUUCAUUGCUGUUUUUUGUGUUUGAGUUUCUUCAGAUUAAAUGUGUUUGACUGUUAACAGUGACUUACAGUACCAUAUUUUCACCACAAGAGGGAGCCAUUUGCUUUAUUUUAGUAAACUGUCUUGUUUACUGAUCUCUUAUGGUUUAUUUUAUGCUUAAAAGCUGAUUAGGAUAAUGUUUGUUUCCUUAAGUUCAGUUUGUGUUAAUUACUCAAAACUUUUUAUCACCCAGUAGUCAAACCUAUUUUGAGCUGAACUUCCAUGUUUUGUUUUGGUUUGUUUUUAUUUUGUUUGUUGUCAUUCAGUCAGCAAAGAUAUAAAACCAGUUGAGAAAUGACAAAAAAGAUCUUAUUUAGUUAAGUAAAUUUAACUGACUGCAUUUACUGUACCUUCAGACAAAUAAUGAUGGAGAUUAUCUGUAGUUUCAAACUUUUACUGAGGUAACUCAGCUCCCCCUGCAGGAGGGUUGCUGUUAUUGCAGCUGACUUGACCUUUGACCCGUACAUAAGUUGGUGCUAUGUUAAAAUAUUUUCUCGGUUUGUGCAAGAAAAAUAUAUCUUAGAAGUUCUUACACACCGAUUUUGGAAAAGGUUUGUUAAAAUGUCAAUUCUGAUUUUUUUUAUGUUAAGCAGUUCACUGCUUCAAGUUAAAACUGGACAAUUUAGCUAAUAAAAAUUUUUAUUUUGCUA